AUGGCUAUGGAUAAUGCUAAAUUUGAAUAAUUGAGCAAGAAUUUCCCUUCAUCUUUGAAAUUCAGAUUAAAUCCAGUAUACUAUGGUGCUAGAGUAGGAAUUCAAGCUUACUUGGGUUUGUUGGUGGGAGGAAGUCUUUUGAUAUACUUAAAUACUUUCAAUGGCAUAACAUUCCCAUAUUUAUAUAAAAAACAAAAAGUAGAAUAUUCAGCAGUGCCUGACUUUUAUUCUAAACAAGUGUUAUUGUACCAAAGAACAGUUCCGAAUACUGUAACAUAAUUAUGA